CUGGCCCCAACAUUUUUAUCCCAAACAAUGAGACUGCGUGUGCGCUUCCAAAACAAAAACAAAAACCCGCAGCACGUGCCAGAUAGAGUGGUUGGAAGUGAUGGGGUUAACCCGGGAGAGCUUCGCGGAGGAGAUCAUGUCUCAUGUGGAUGAAGCAGCCCGCCGGCUGUCCAAGAGUGGGUCAACCCUCUAUGCAGUGCUGGAGCUUAAGAAGGGUGCCUCACCUGAAGACAUCAAAAAGGCCUACAGGAGACUGGCCUUGAAGUAUCAUCCAGACAAGAAUCCAGGGGACGCUCAAGCAGCAGAAAUAUUCAAAGAGAUCAACACAGCCCACUCUAUACUGAGUGACCCUAAGAAGCGGAAAAUCUACGACAAGCAUGGCUCAUUGGGAAUAUAUAUACAUGAUCACUUUGGCGAAGAAGGCGUCAGAUACUAUUUUACGCUGAAUAGUUGUUGGUUCAAGACACUUGUCCUCCUGUGUGCUCUGCUCACCUGUUGCUGUUGUUGCUGCUGCUGCUGCUUUUGCUGUGGAGCACUUAAGCCACCACCUGAUGAGGCUGCCAGGAGAAAAUAUCAGCAGAAUGUCCAGAAUCAGCCUUCAAGGUCAGGAAACAAGCAAAGUUUUAGAAAAGGGGAAGAUAAUGAUAAUGAAGAUGAUUAUUAAAAGAUGAAG